GUUUCUUAAUUUGUGUGUAUACGUCAACGGAAGAUAAACUCGUCACUUCGUAUUAUUGCGUCCUAAAUAACGCGGGUAACGCUACUUUUUAACGUUUAGAAAACAGUACUUGCUAAUAUCGAUUAAAAUAUUGAAAUUAAAGAAGAAAAAAAAAUAUUACGUAUAAUAAAACGAAUUCUGCAUUUAUAUAAAGAUUAAAAAAAAUGAAUCCAGCGGAAAAAGCUCAAGAGCAAGAACCUAAAAUACGUGUGUCAAGAAAGACAGUUUUGGUUUUUGGCGACAGGGCCACCGGGAAAAGAACACUUAUAAAAAAACUGCAAGGCGGGGAAAAUCCCAUAUUGGGCCAAGGACUAAAAUAUGCUUACCUUGAUAUUAAAGAUGAAUCUGAAAAGGAUAUAACGCGUUUAAAUGUUUGGAUUUUGGAUAGUAUACCAGGGAACGAAAACCUCCUACAUAUGAUUAUAAACACAACUAGCUACACUCAAAUAUCAAUUGUACUGACCGUGUCAAUGGCGCAACCAUGGGUUUGGAUGGAUCAAUUAACUGAUUGUUCAGAUAUGUUGUUGCGUCAUGUAGAAAACUUACGUAUGGAUACUAAAGAGAAACAGGAAGCACGUCAGCGCUUACUGCAAAAAUGGAAAAAUUAUUGCAAAGAAAAUGAUAUCAAUACCCCGGAAAACUGCAAACAGAAAAUUAGUUCUACAGAUGAAACUGACUCGCUAACAGAAGAAGCUUUAAAAAUAAACAUUGGUUUGGACAUUGCCGUUGUAGUCACUCAGACUGAUCGCAUGGCCGAGUUACGAAAAGAUUAUGGUUUUCAGGAGGAACAUUUUACAUUUUUAGAGCAGUGGAUAAGACGUUUUUGCUUGCAACACGGCGCCUCUCUUUUGUAUACAAAUAUUAAAAAUGAAAAAAAUUGCGCUUUUCUACAUGAGCUCUUAAUACACCGAAUCACUGGCGCUCGAUUUUGUUUACCUGUUCAAGUUGUAGAAAGAGAUGCACUAUUAAUACCAGCUGGUUGGGAUAGUUUAGAGAAAAUGGGCAUUUUGCCCGAAAAUAAGGAACCUUGCCAAAUUGAAGAAUUUUAUUCGACACUGCCGGGUGAAAAGAUAAAUGGAGAAGAAGAAGAAAUUUUGGCAAAGCGAAAGGUUGAAGAAGAACCUGAGCCACCACCGAAAACUUCAUCUGAAUGUAAACGUAAGAAAGAGGUUACCCAAAUAAGCCCAGUUCUUUUGGCUUAUUACUUUGAUAUAAUGCACAAAAAAACAGGCGCUUCUCCUGCACGUCGUGAAGCCAUGAGGAUCUCGCGCGGCCUAGACGGUUUAUUAGACCCUGAGACCGUUGAUUCUAUUACCCUAUCACACAAAAGCAUAUCGAAAUUUAACUCCUCAUAUACUCACGAAUGUUUUUUGCAUUUCGCAUUACACAAAAUGCAAAUUCGUUAAUCUCUUAUCAGUUGAGCUAAGAAUUUUACUAUAAAAUCCUUCGAUGUUAAAUAAUUGAAUUUUAAACCCAAUUUACUACAACGUAUAAGUCAAUU